UAAUGCGACAACGCCAUCAAAACAAACCUGUACAGAAACGAAAGCUUUUACCGGGUGUGGAGUGAGACAUUGUAGAGAUCAGAGCGAUAAUCAUGUCUGCUGAGCGUUUGGCCAAGAUUCCUGAAGCUGAUAUCGACCCGAACGGCGUGUUUAAAUACGUGCUUAUAAGAGUGCACAGCAAAACCGACGAGUCUUACGUGGACGUAGUGCGCGGCUACGCGUGGGCCGAGUAUCACGCUGAUAUCUAUGACAAGGUUUCUGGUGAGCUGGAGAGAGCAGGCGGCGUGGACUGUGAGUGUAUAGGAGGUGGCAGGAUCAGACACGACAGCGCUGACAAAAAGAUCCAUGUCUACGGCUAUUCCAUGGGUUUUGGACGAGCCAAUCACGCCGUCUCUACGGAAAAACUGAAGACGCGAUACCCAGACUAUGAGAUCACAUGGGCAAAUGAAGGCUACUGAUUCAACGAGCAGGGUUUUACCACGGUGGCCUGUCCUUGAACAAUCCUUGGAUUUGAGCUGUUUAUAAAACAACAGCUUCUCUUCUCUGCUUGAACAGGAUGGGAAAUUGAAGACGUCCGUGUGUGACGUCUCAGAAGCUGAAAUUAAGGGAUUUCUCAUUAACAGCAGAUGAAUUAAUGUUUACACAUUAACUACCUUAUUAAUAUUCUAUUUAUUUGUCUGUCCACUCAAGAACUGCCCAAUUUUGGAUUAGAGACUGCUAAGUUUGUCAAAUAACACAAUAGUAAAAGAAUUAAAUUUAAUGAAAUGUUAUUAAAAGUUGUUAAGAAUUAUUAAACCACGAUCAUGCCAUACAACAGUGAGCUUCAUAAGAAGCAAUAAAUUGUAUGUCUUGUGGGUUAUACAGAGUUUUACUUUUCUAUUCACUAUACACUUGGAAAAACAAAGCCGAGACGUCGUGACUUACUUUCUCGGUGUUUCUGUGAUUUUAGGAAUACCUGGGAAUACCUGAAAAGAGAAAAUGCACAAAAAGUCCUGGAAAUAUAAGUCACGUCCUGGAAAUAGUGUAAAGUCUAUUAAAGGACUAUAAAGCC